AUGAACGCUGGCUCGCGAGAGAUUGUGAGAGCGCAGGCGGUGGUGCGGGGAUACCUCGCCCGACAGCGAUACGCCCCCAUUGAAGAGAGCACGCAAGCGAACACAAAUCGUGGGCGAAAUACUCCGGACACCGAGCGCACAUACGUGCAGGGCCUGCACGUCAUCGUCGGGAUAUUCUCGAUCGUGGAAGCGCUGCUGGCUGUGAACCAGGAACUGUUGAAGAACCUCGAGCAGCGCUACAAAAACUGGUCACAGCGCCAGACCAUUGGCGACGUGUUCCUUCAGAUGAGCCCACAUUUGAAGGGCUACAGCGAGUACUGCCGUAACUACGACUAUGCCGUGAGCUACCUCGACCGCUUGCAAGCGUCCACGUCCGCUCUCGCCCAUUUCAUUCAGGCACACGCCACUCCACGGGCUCGAGCAACUACUUGGACCAAGCGUGUUUAA